AUGUCAGAAUAUAAAUUAUGUGUGUUUGGAUCUGGUGGUGUUGGUAAAUCAUGUUUAACUAUGCAAUUUGUUCAAGGUAUUUUUAUGCCAAAAUACGAUCCAACUAUAGAAGAUGUUUAUAAAAAAGUUGUUGAAAUUGAUGGAAGACAAUAUUCAUUAGAAAUUCUUGAUACUGCUGGAACAGAAGAAUUUUCAGCCAUGAGAGAUUUAUACGUUAAAAAUAGUCAUGGAUUUGUUCUUGUUUAUUCAAUAACAUCUCGAGCUACAUUCAAUGAUUUGGAUGAAUUCUAUAAUCGAAUAAUAAAUAAAAAAGAUGCUGAAAUUAAUGGUCAACCACCAUUAGUUCUUGUUGGAAAUAAAAGUGACUUAGAAGGUGAACGUGUGGUUCCACGUCAAGAUGGACAAGAAUUAGCAAGACGAUGGAAAUGUACUUUUCUUGAAACAUCAGCGAAAAAUCAAUCAAAUGUUAAAGAAAUCUUUUUUGAUCUGGUUCGACAAAUAAAUCGAGGAGCAAAUAAACCAAAUACUCGUACUCAAAGAGCACCCCAACGACAAAUGGCGCAAGAACCAACUAGAACCGGACAAAGUAGACCACCACCAGUUAAUCCUCGUUAUUCAGAGGAGUCAUCAAGAAAAAACAAAAGAAACAGAGAUCAUAAGGGCAACUGUAUUUUACUUUGA